AUGCCGGCAAAGAUGAAGGAUCCGGGGAUCUUCAACAUCUCUUGUGUGAUCGGGAAUGAUAUGCAAACUAAGGCCUUGUGUGAUUUGGGGGCAAGCAUAAAUCUUAUGCCCCUAAGCUUCUUCCGGAAGUUGAAGUUCGGUGUCUUGAAGCCAACUACUAUCACUCUUCAAAUGGCGGAUAAAUCCAACAAGUUCCCCAAUGGAAUCCUAGAGAAUGUAUUGGUGAGAGUGAAUGAUUUUAUCUUCCUGGUAAACUUUGUAGUUUUGGACAUGAAGGAGGAUCCAAAUGUCCCCCUUAUCCUUGGAAGGCCAGUCCUUGCUACGGGGAAGGCUCUAAUUGAUGUCACUAAGGGAGAACUUACCCUUCGACAUGGAAAUAAGACGGCCAUCCUUUGUAUGUUAGAUAAGAUGAAACGCCAAGAAAUGGAAAAAUUAAUGAGGGUAGAAGCUAAGGCAUUGGAGGUUAAAGAAUGCAAGGUGGUACAAGAGGCAUAUGUGAAAGCCAAGGAUGAUACUAAAUUGGCACAAGGUGUAUUUAUAGAAAUUGUUGUUGGGAAAAAUGUGAAACAUAUUUGGUGGAAGAAGCGGUUGAACAAGCUUUAUGUGGUUGCACGAGCUAAGACGGUCCCCGAUAAAAUUGUUAGAGUAAGGUUGGAUCGUUGA